AUGUCGUCUCUAAGAAAUUCAAUCCAGCGGCGCCCCCAUCGGGAGCGCGCGCAACCCCUCGAGCGCCGCCGCCUCGGCCUCCUCGAGAAGCACAAGGACUACUCCCAACGCGCAAAAGACUACAACCAGAAAAAAGCCACGCUCAAGGCCCUCCGCGAAAAAGCCGCCGACCGCAACGAGGAUGAAUUUUACUUCGGCAUGAUGUCCCGCAAGGGACCCGGCGCAAAGAUCACGUCCGGAAAGUCCUGGAACGGCAGGGUCGAGGGCGAUCGCGGGAACAACAAGGGCAUGGACAUGGACACGGUGCGGCUGCUCAAGACGCAGGAUCUCGGGUACGUGCGCACGAUGAAGCAGGUCGCCGUCAAGGAGCUCGCGAGGCUGGAGGAGCAGGCUGUGCUUGUCAAGGGGCUGGAGGAGUUGGCUGCUGCUGAGGAGGACGAUGAUGACAACGACGAUGAGGGCUUUGAUGAUGAUUCGGAGGAAGAGGGUCUUUCGAGCAGGAGGAGGAGGAGGAGAUCGGGCGCAAAGGGACCCCGGAAAAUCGUAUUCAUGGACAAUGAAGACGAACGAGACGAAGCCCUCCAAGCAGCCGAGGAAAGCCAAGGCCCCAAAAGAGAAGACCAGCAAGCGGCCUUUGAACGGUCAGAGAACCUCGCCGAGCUGAAGCGGAAGCUCGAGCAUGCGCGCAAAAAGGUCAAGUCGCUCAUGGCGGCGGAGAGCCAGCUCGAGGUCCAGCAGGCAAAGAUGGCCAAGACGGCGACGUCGGGCGGGACGACGAGAAGGGGAAAGAAGAUUAUGGUCAGGAAGAGGAAGAGGUAG